ACCAAGCACUCACUGGGAAAACAAGUGUUGAUGCCAGAGCCUUCUGUGGGUUCCAAGACCGCUUUUUCAGAGACAGGCCCAUGGAUCCAGUACGGAUCGCAGUUGUGGGGGCAGGCGUGGUGGGGCUCUCUACCGCCAUGUGUGUUUCCAAACUGGUCCCGGGAUGCUCCAUUACAGUCAUUUCAGACAAGUUCACUCCUGAUACCACAAGCGAUGUGGCAGCUGGCAUGCUUAUUCCUCAUGUCUAUGCAGACACACCCAUUCCCAAGCAGAAGCAGUGGUUUAGAGAGACCUUUGAUCACCUAUUUGCAAUUGCCAGUUCUGCAGAAGCUGAAGAUGCUGGUGUUCAUCUGGUAUCUGGUUGGCAGAUAUUCCGAAGCGUUCCUACGGAAGAAGUGCCAUUCUGGGCUGAUGUGGUUCUGGGGUUUCGAAAGAUGACGGAGGCUGAACUGAAGAAAUUCCCCCAGCAUGUGUUCGGUCAUGCUUUCACGACUCUGAAAUGUGAAAGCCCUACUUACCUCCCAUGGUUGGAGAAGAGGUUAAAAGGAAGUGGGGUCCUGAUACUCACCCGACGAAUAGGAGACCUGUGGGAGCUUCAUCCAUCCUUCGACAUCGUGGUCAACUGCUCAGGCCUUGGAAGCAGACAGCUUGCAGGAGACUCAAAGAUAUUCCCUGUGCGGGGCCAAGUGCUCAGAGUUCAGGCUCCCUGGGUGAAGCAUUUUAUCCGAGAUGGGAGUGGGCUGACAUAUAUUUAUCCCGGCAUAUCCAACGUAAUCCUGGGUGGAACAAGGCAAGAAGGAGACUGGAAUCUGUCUCCAGAUGCAGAAAUUAGCAGAGAUAUUUUUUCCCGUUGUUGUGCUCUUGAGCCCUCCCUCCAUGGAGCCUGCGACAUCAGGGAGAAGGUGGGCUUAAGGCCCUUCAGGCCAGGCUUGCGGCUGCAGACAGAGCUCCUAGCCCAGGACGGUAGGAGGCUGCCCGUGGUCCACCACUAUGGCCACGGGAGCGGGGGCAUCUCUGUGCACUGGGGCACUGCUCUGGAGGCCGCCAGCCUGGUAGGUGAGUGUGUCCGAGCCCUCAGGACCCCCACUUCCAAGUCAAAGCUGUAGGUGACAUGAAGUGACAGCAAAUGGCCCCGGAGACUAUCGAUCAAAAUAUAAUCUAAGCACCAGAACUGAUUCCAAUAACUUUUCCAUUGCAUGAAAGUUUAAUUAGACAUAUGUUUGUUUUCAAAAUUAGAAAUGAUGCAAUAUGAAUCCUUAGUAGCCUUAGGACUAGUACUAACCUAAUCUAGUACCAGUGUAGAAUUAGGCUUAAGUCUACUACUAAUGACAUAGGGCAUAAAACUCUAUUUUUGUUAAAAAUACUUGUUAUAGAAUAAGAUUUCUCUUAGAUCCGGUGUUCAAAGCUCUGUGCUUAUUUACAAGGAUGCUGGAAACUGUAGGGAUUUUGACAUCUUUUGGCUAAUAAAUCCACUGCAAGAGAUAAUGUAUGGAAAACACUUAACUCACUGUCAGUUGCAGAGACGCCCAUGAUGUUUGUGGGUUGCAUUCAAGUGAGCAUUAUAGUCCCUCUAAAUAAAAUACACGGUGAUCAUGCAACACAGGCUUAUUACAUUUAACAGAAGACAAAGCAUGGUUCCUCCUAGUACUUGUGGCAACCUCUUCCUCCCCUCAGCUGGUCAUGAUGGUUAGAAGACAGGGAUGAAGUUACCUAUGAACAUGGCAUCAGCUCAAUAGCUGUCUGGAGUCAGUCACCUACGGGUGGUACUUUCCCUUACUACAAAUGACUGAGCACUCUCGCUUGUUGCGUGGUUGACUUUGCCCAAGCAUUUUUGAAGAUUGAGUAGCAGGUGCAGCCAAAGAGCUAAUUUGCUGAUUAGGAUGGAACAAUCAUUGUGAAUGAAAUAUAUCCAAAGAGUUUUCUGCAAGUUGUAAAAAACAAAAAACAAAAACUCCUGGGAAGGAGGGGAAAUGUGUCAUGAUAAAAUAAGUUUGGGAAUUGCUGAAAUAAAUUAAUCUAACCUGGUUUCUUGACUCAGGUCUGCUCAGAGUUAAUCUGUUCAUAUGUAUUGUGAAUGCUCAGGAGGGUUUUGGCUUUAAUGAAUGGUAAAGGAGGUGCUAGUCACUAAGGUAAGGACUCUUUAGAGAAAUAGAUGUAAUUUUAAUUUUAAUUUUGGCAGGAGAUGGCUGGUGUUUAGUGAUAAAAGUUCUAUUUUGGACAUCCGGGGUUGUGUGUGUGGGGGGUGAGGUUGGCAAAGAGAAGGUGGGAAAGAGAAAGCCCCCAGCAUAACUCCAUUUUACUGUUUUGUUCACUGAGCUUUUGCAUAUGAUUUUUUUUUUAAAGAGAACAUUCGGCUGGAAGAGGGAGUGAGGGAGAGAGAAGGAGAGAGAGAAGGGAAUGAGAGAGACAGACGGAGAGAGAGAAAACCAGCGUACUAGAUGAUCUUAAUCUUUCCUUGUAGUGUUAGAAAGCCUCCAGUGUGCUUCUUCCCCAUAGGUUCCCACCAGGGGGUGGUAUUGUAUCAAAUUUAGAUAAACUGGGAACUCUGAAAAUCGAGAAAUGACUAAAAUAAAAAAAUG